AUGGACCCAAGCGAACGCGCCAUCUUCCCCUUGGGAAAGAGUUCCAAUAGCCGUUGGUCCCGAAGACCCUUGGUGAUGGUGCUGAGUGGGCCCGAGGCUCGCAGCCCCACUGGUGACUCAUAUCAGGACAUGGGUGGCAAGGCCAGAUUUGAAUCCUCCCCUAAUGGAGAUCUCAGCCCAGCCCACCCAGAGUGGCUGGUGUCUUGGGCCCAAAGAGGUGGUCCCAGGAAGGUGGCCGGGGGCCAGGGGUUGGGAGACCCCUGUGACAUUGAGACGGUUCCUCCCCGGACCCUUCUGAGGGCACCCAGGAUCCAGCAGGCCCACCUGGACAGGGUCCCUGGAAAACCCGGGAACCGACCCCGGACCCCGCCCCAACCCCCGGUCCGCCCGUCGGACCAGGGCGACCCCCACCCCCACCCCGCAAGCCCCGAGGCCGCGGGCGGGGGAAGCACGGGGCGCGCGGCACGGCCUCAUCCACAUGCAGGGGACGGCGCGUCGCGGCGGCCGCCAGGAAGGGACAAAGGCUGUUCCGCCGCCGGCCGCACAGUGCCAGGCUCGCCCCGCCCGCCGCCCCGGUGGCCCCCGACGCGGCCCCCCCUUGCGUCUGUCCCGCCGGCCCGGCUGCACAGUCCGGACGGCUUCCGGGAGGAGGAGGCAGCCUCCAUCGGACCCUGCACGCCCUACCUCCUCCUGCGACCCCAGGGGCCACAGCCCCUUCUCCGUGUCUCCGGGGCAGUUGAGGUGGCCUCGUCUCUUGAGCCGAAGAGACUCAAGAGACGAGGGGCCUUCGCCAAAGACCCGAUUUCUAGUCCACUGAGCCCCGACUCUGUGGCCAGGCGUCUGCGCGUAGAACCUGCCGGACCCAGUCCAGAGCCGGGCUGGGCGGCGGAGGGCGGGGGAAGGCCUUCUUCCUAG